AUGCAGCAUGGACCCAAUAGUGAGGAAGAAAGUUUGUCCAGCAAUUAUGGCGUGGAGGUGGAUGAAACUGGAUCCCAGCCUACUAUUGAAGAUAUAGGAUCCCAGUCUGUUGAAGACUUGAGAUCUCAACCAUAUCUGAAUUUUGAUGCAGAUUUCAACAUAGAAGUCAGUGCAGGCUCACCAGAAGUCAAUUCUGCACUUCCCACAGGCAGUCAAGCUAUCUGUGAGCCAAUCAACAAAAACCAGCCGCUGCAGCCAGUGCAGAAGGAAAAAAAUAGGGCAAGGGCCCUGAUCAUUGAGUCCAGUAAUGAAGAAAGGGAGAAACCAAAGAAGAGGAAAAGAAACCAUAGCAGGGAGGCUGUCAAGGCGCUAAGAAAGCAGCCAACUGCCUCAAACAGUCCUGUGGUGGGAAAUUGUACGGCUAAAUCUGGUGUUUCUGAUGGCAAGCAGAAGCCGCGUGAUAGAUCUGUCACCUUAUUCAGACCUUUAUCAAACUAUACUGACACAUUUUUUACUCCCAUCACCCCACCGCUAUCAUGCUCUUGCCAUUAA